GGAGCGAGGAGGACCCUCAGCUUUGCGGACUCUCGGAUAAUCGCGCGCACCUCGGCCGGAAGAUGGUGGUUCUGCUGCCCGUGAUUAUCCUUCACUCUGUGGGCGUCCUCGGCGGAGCAUCAGCCGCCUCUCACUAUAAUUGCAAUGGUCCUCUGGUGUCGGCGUUACCACACUCCUCCUUUCAGAGCUCGUCUCAGUCCUCGGCCAGUUACGCUGCGUUCCACGCCAAGCUCAACAGAAGAGAUGGAGCCGGAGGCUGGUCUCCCAUGGUGACGGACCAAGACCCCUGGCUCCAGGUGGACCUCCGCGAGCAGAUGGAGGUGACUGGGGUGGCCACGCAGGGGCGUUACGACAGCUGGGACUGGGUCAGCAGCUACCUGCUGCUCUACAGCGACACCGGGCGAGUCUGGAAGCAGUACAGGCAGGAGGACGGCAUGGAGAGGUUUGUCGGGAAUGUGAAUUCGGAGGCCGUGGUCCAGAACAAGCUGUCCCACCCCGUGAGGACGCGCUUCCUGCGGUUCGUCCCUCUGGACUGGAACCCCAGCGGCUGGAUGGGCCUCAGAGUGGAGGUGCUGGGAUGCUCCUACAAGUCGUACGUGGCCGACUUCGACGGCAGAAGCUCGCUGCUGUAUCGGUUCAACCAGAAGUCCAUGUCCACGGUGAAGGACGUGAUCUCUCUGCGCUUCAAGAGCCAUCAGGCCGAGGGCGUUUUACUGCACGGAGAGGGCCAGAGAGGAGAUUACAUCACCCUGGAGCUGCACCGAGGAAGGCUGGACCUCUACCUGAACCUGGACGACAGCCGGCCGAGGUUCAGCAGCCGCCGUGUUGCCGUGACGGUGGGCAGCCUGCUGGACGACCAGCACUGGCACUCGGUUCACAUCGAGCGUUUCAACAAGCAGGUCAACCUCAGCGUGGACGCCCACACGCAGCACUUCCACACCACCGGGGAAGGACAGUCUCUGGAGGUGGACUACGAGCUGAGCUUCGGAGGCAUCCCUCUGCCCGGAAAACCCGGCACCUUCCUGAGGAAGAACUUCCACGGCUGCAUGGAGAACCUUUACUACAACGGCAUCAACAUCAUAGACCUGGCGAAGAGACGCAAGCCGCAGAUUCACAGCGUGGGCAACGUGACCUUCUCGUGUUCGCAGCCCCAGCUGGUGGCCUGCACCUUCCUGAGCUCCAGCAGCAGCUUCCUGUCGCUGCCGGCAGCUGCGCCCGCCGCGGGAGGAUUCUCCGUUCGCUUCCAGUUCAGGACCUGGAACCCAGAGGGGCUCCUGCUCUCUGUGCAGCUCAGCCCCAGUCCUCAGAAGGUGGACCUGCAGAUCAGCAACAGCUGGCUGCAUCUGAGCCUCCACAGCGCUGGACGGCAGAGAUCGGAGGUCUCCGCUGGUCGCCGGGUCAACGACGGACUGUGGCACUCGGUGAGUCUGGACUCCAGGAACCUCCAGAUUGCUCUGACUGUGGACGGUGAGCCGUCCUCCAGCAUUGACCUUUGGGAAGAGGUGGAGUCAAGAGGCAGCUUCUUCUUCGGAGGCUGUCCACCUCUGGACUGUCAGGUCCAGACUCCGGCCUUCCAGGGGUGCAUGCAGCUCAUAUCCAUCAACAACCAGCCGCUGAAUCUCAGUCAGGUGCAGCAAGGAUUGCUGGGAAAUUAUAAUGAGCUCCAGUUUGACACGUGCAACAUGAAAGACAGAUGUCUUCCCAACCUGUGUGAACAUGGCGCCCGCUGCUCCCAGACCUGGAGCUCCUUCUCCUGCGACUGUUCGGGAACCGGAUACUCCGGAGCGACGUGUCACAACUCCAUUUACGAGUUGUCCUGUGAGGCCUACAAGCUGAGCGGCAGCUCCUCGGGCUUCUACUUCAUUGAUCCAGAUGGGAGUGGUCUCCUGGGGCCCACACAGGUAUACUGCAACAUGACAGAGAAAAAGGUGUGGACAGUAUUAUCCCACAACAGCUCAGCACCAGUGAAAGUCCAGAGCUCCUCUCCUCAGAAACCUCACAUCAUGAAGUUCAGCUACAACGCAUCAGCUGAACAGCUACGUGCCAUCGUCUCUGGAUCUGAGCAGUGUCAGCAGGAAGUGGUUUACAACUGCAGGAAGUCCCGUCUCUUUAAUACAAAGGAUGGCAGUCCGCUGUCUUGGUGGCUGGACCGCGAAGGAGAGAGGAGGAGUUACUGGGGAGGCUACCUGCCUGGAGUCCAGCAGUGCUCCUGCAGCCUGGAGGAGAACUGCAUGGACAUGAACUACUUCUGCAACUGUGAUGCUGAUACAGAGGCCUGGGCUAAUGAUACUGGAGUCCUCUCCUAUAAAGACCACCUGCCGGUGAGCCAGAUAGUGAUCGGAGACACCAACAGGACGGGCUCCCAGGCGGUCUACCACGUGGGCCCUCUGCGUUGCUAUGGAGACAAGUCGAUCUGGAGCGCCGCCUCCUUCUACCAGGAGUCGUCAUACCUCUACUUCCCCACCCUGCAGGCUGAGCUGGCCUCUGAUAUCUCCUUCUACUUCAAGACCAGCACCCCCUCUGGAGUGUUCCUGGAGAACCAGGGCCUGAAGGACUUCAUCAGAGUGGAGCUCAGCUCUCCCUCGGUGGUGACGUUCUCCUUUGAUGUGGGGAACGGUCCGGCGGUCCUGUCCGUGAAGUCCCACCUCCCUCUGAAUGACAGGCAGUGGCACUACGUGAGGGCAGAGCGAAACGUGAAGGAGGCCUCCCUGCAGGUGGACCAGCUGCCCCUCCGCUUCCUGGAGGCUCCGGCUGACGGACACCUCCGCCUGCAGCUCAGCAGCCAGCUGUUCGUCGGAGGAACGGCGUCCCAGCAGAGGGGCUUCCUGGGCUGCAUCAGGUCUCUCGCGGUCAACGGCGUGACCUUCGACCUGGAGGAGAGGGCCAAAAUGACGCCAGGCGUGAGCGCCGGCUGCCCGGGAUACUGCAGCGGCUCCAGCAGCCUCUGCCACAACCGAGGGAGGUGCAUCGAGAAGAGCAACGGCUACAUCUGCGACUGCUCGCAGUCGGCCUACGGAGGGACCACCUGCAACCAAGAGGUGUCGGUGUCCUUCGACAGAGAGUCUUCGGUGACCUACACCUUCCAGGAGCCCUUCUCUGUGAUGCAGAACAAGAGCUCUCAGGCCUCCAGCGUCUCCACGGACAGCAGGGCCAGAGAGGACGUGGCCUUCAGCUUCGUCACCUCCCAGAGGCCGGCCAUGCUGCUGACUGUCAGCACCUUCAGCCAGCAGUACAUCGCCGUCAUCCUCACCAAGAAUGGGAGUCUGCAGAUCUGGUACCACCUUCAGACUGACAGGAGUCCGGAUGUGUUCGGUCCUGCUCUCAAUAACCUGGCGGAUGGGCGUCUUCACCGAGUCCGAAUCCACCGAGUGGGAAAAAACCUCUAUGUGCAGAUCGACCAGGACAUCCACAGAAAGUACACACUGUCAUCCGAUGCAGAGCUGAUCUUAAUCAGAUCCCUGACGCUGGGCAAAGUCCUCCGGAUGGAGAACAUCGAUGAGGAGGUCAUGAAAGCAGCUUCUAAGGGUUUCAUUGGCUGCCUCUCCUCAGUCCAGUUCAACCACGUGGCUCCGCUGAAGGCAGCGCUGACCAACCGGGGAAGCUCGCUGGUCAGCAUCCGGGGUCCGCUGGUCCAGUCGAACUGUGGAGCUCUGGCUGAGUCCACGUCACACACAAUGCAAGAUCAAGCUGCGAAUGCAGAUAAGGGGCCGAGCGGCGGCAGCUCCCAGAAGGAUCUGGCUGUAAUCGCAGGUGUGGUCACAGCGGUGGUCUUCAUCGCCGUCUGCGCUCUGGCUGUGAUAAGCCGCCUCCUGUAUCAGCAGCGGCAGGCCCAGAGGAGCAGCAGCAUGAAGGAGGAGCACAGACACGGCAUGUACACGGACUACAGGACUGAGCUGCACCUCCACAACUCCGUCAGGGACAGCGUGAAGGAGUACUACAUCUGAGCUGCAGCGUGCAGCCUGGACCCGCCUCUGUCGGGACUCACGGCGGAUGCGCUGCUGCAGGGUUUCAUGCAACACUCCUCGGUGGACACUGCAAACACCUGCAGCUGCCUUCCGCUCUUUCUACGCUCCUGUACAAGCUAGUGGCUGAAUCUUUGCAGCUGAUAGUGUAUUUGAUGUUGGUGAAGUCAUCAGAAUCAAGCCUCUGUGGUUUCUGUCAUUGCAAAAAUGUGUAAAGCAUAAGAGGAAUGUCCUGUAGGGUGGACGGAGGGGACGCUGCGGGAGCCGGGAGCUGUUUGCUGAAGAUUUCUCCACAUGCUGCUGGGACUCAGAUCAGGAAAUGUAGGUCAGGCCUGUAAGAUAUGCGCACAUCGCUGCUGUAUUUGUUUUUCAGUGGUGGUGAAUGUUGUAGAAGAAACGGGGACAAUACUGCCUAUUCUGUAUGAGUGCCUAAUAUGCAUAUGCGCUUUCUUUUUCUUUUGUUUUUGUUUGAAGAGUUUAGAAGUGAUUUGUGUGAUGUGCACCCAGUCACAUUUCCAGAGAGAGGAGCUUAUUGCGGUUCGAUUCUGGGACCGACGCUGCUGAAAGUUCAGUCUGAAGCUGAAGAAGUUCCCCCUGCACACACACAUGAGGCCCCGCUCAUAAAACACACUGCUGGAAAUCUGAACCACAGAAACAAACAGAAGUACACUAUUAAAGAAUUAUUUAGUUUAUAUAAAAGAAUCUACAACCCAAAUUC